AUGAACCCGGUAGAGAGAAUCAUUGAGGAUGCAGGACUUGUGGAAGAAGGAAGCGAAGAUAUAAUUGUGGUAUUGGCGCUCAAGACAGUCGAUGAUCCGGAACUCGCGAGGGUUGUAGACACCAAGCUCGACAAUGUCGAAGACGGGGAAGUAGUCGAUGCAGAAGAUGUCGUAUUCAGCGAGGCUGUGGACGCGGAGGUUGGAGUGCUUGAUGAGCUGCUGCUAGAUAUUGUCGAGCUGGUGGUAGUUGGCAGGGAGGAGCUCGUAGAUGAGGAAGAGGAACUUGUGGAGCUUGAAGUUGAGCUUGCGACACUCGAACUGGAUGAUGUGAACAGCGAUGAGCUGCUGCUCGACGAGGACGAGCUUGAAGCAGAGGAAGAAGAGCUUGUGGAGCUUGACGUGGAGCUCUCUACACUCGAGCUAGAAGUUGUAGAAAUCGUUGAGCUGCUUAUUGAGGAAGACGAGCUAGAGGAGCUUGAGCUUGAACUGACGACACUCGAGCUGGAAGUUGUGGGGACCGACGAGCUAGCACUUGAUGAAGACGAGCUUGAGGAGAUUGUAGAUGACGAUAAAGGUGUCACAGUAUAA